AUGAGAAUACUUUUGCUAGGGUGUCUGCUCUUAGCAGGUGCCGUGUUUAGCAAACCUCUUGACCAAUCUCGGCAUUUACGCCUGCUCGACUUUGAUUCUAGUCUGGGUGCAGCAAACAAUGAUGGAACAGUGAUUGCAGCUGAUGAAAACAAAUCGGAAGAAUCACUUCCACCGGCGGAGGAGAGUGAGCAGGUUGAGUCAUCUGAGAACAAUGAAGAAACUUCAACUGAUAGUAAUGAGACCGAUCCACCAGUGGAUGGCUCUGGUGAAGAAACCACAUCACCACCGGAUGGUUCCGAUGAAGAACCACAACCGACACCAGAGGGUUCCGAUGAGGAAGGCUCCAAUGAGGAAGGUUCCAAUGAGGAAGGUUCCAAUGAGGAAGGUUCCAAUGAGGAAGGUUCCAAUGAGGAAGGUUCCAAUGAGGAAGGUUCCAAUGAGGAAGGCUCCAAUGAGGAAGGCUCCGAUGAACAACCGCUACCACCACCAGAUGGUUCUGGUGAGGAACCUCCGUCACCCCCAGAUGGUUCUGAUGAAGAACGUCCGCCACCACCCGAUGGCUCUGACGAAGAACGUCCACCACCACCCGACGGUUCCGAUGAAGAACGUCCCCCACCACCUGAUGGUUCCGACGAAGAACGCCCACCCCCACCCGAUGGCUCCGAUGAAGAACGUCCGCCUCCACCAGAUGGCUCUGAUGAGGAACGUCCCCCCCCGCCUGAUGGUUCUGACGAAGAACGUCCCCCAGGGCCGGAUUCAGGGGAAGGACGACCUCCAUCUGAUGAUCGACCACCACAAGAAGAUCAACGGCCUCCUCACGAGGACAAUAGGCCACCGCAGGGUGGAGAUGGACAACGCCCUCCUCAAGGAGGAGACGGACAACGACCACCUCAGGGAGGAGGCGGACAGCGACCUCCUCAGGGAGGAGAUGGACAACGACCUCCUCAAGGAGGAGACGGACAACGACCUCCUCAGGGAGGAGACGGACAACGACCCCCCCAGGGUGGAGACGGACAGCGUCCUCCACAAGGCGGAGACGAUCACCGACCACCUCAAGGUGGAGACGACGAUCGCCCUCCACAGGGCGGUGAUGAUCACCGACCACCUCAAGGCGAAGACGGACAACGGCCACCGCAGAAUGAAGAUGACAACAAACCUUGCCCUCCUGACGAGGAUGGUGCCACUAUCGUAAACGUCAACGUGAAUGUCAAUAUUCAGUGA